GCACUCCACCCCUCCCAUUCAAAGGUCGAGCCUUUUACCUGCCUCGACAUCCCUCUUCUUUUGCAGACAUUCACCUUAACUCAUUCUUAUAACGCGUAACUCGGUGCACCAUGACCUCCAGAUUGCCACAGACCAAGGGCGGGUUCAACUUCGACAACCAUGUCCGAAACACUAUGAUGGAGGGUAAGGGACUCAACCUCCCCAAGGCAACCAAGACAGGAACGACCAUUGUUGGAUUGAUCUACAAGGACGGACUUGUGCUCGGUGCCGAUACUCGUGCUACUGCGGGACCUAUCGUCGCUGACAAGAACUGUGAAAAGAUUCAUUACCUGGCCCCCAACAUGUACUGCUGCGGUGCAGGAACUGCAGCAGAUACAGAGAUGACCACGGCCCUGAUCAGUAGUCAACUGGAGCUUCACCGAUUGAGCACAGGACGACAGGCGCGCGUUGUCACUGCCAUGACCAUGCUGAAGCAGAUGCUCUUCAAGUACCAAGGACAUAUUGGAGCCGCUUUGAUCCUUGGAGGAGUUGAUAUCAAUGGACCUCACCUUUACACCAUCUACCCACAUGGAAGCACAGAUAAGCUGCCAUAUGUCACCAUGGGGUCUGGAUCUCUCGCUGCCAUGAGCGUCUUUGAAAGCCGCUUCAAGGCCGACAUGAACCGUGAGGAGGCCAUUGCAUUGGUUCAGGAUGCAAUUGAGGCUGGUAUUUUCAACGAUCUUGGAUCUGGAUCGAACGUAGACGUGGUCGUGAUCAAUAGCGAAAGGGUCGAGGUCCUCCGCAACUAUGCCCGACCUAACGAGCGUGGUGUCAAGGAAGCAAGCUACAAGUUCAACAGGGGAACCACACAGGUGCUCAAGACGUCAAUCAGAGACCUUGUCGACAUCAAGGAGACUGUUCAGGUGACCACAACGGAGGCCAUGGACAUCUCGUAGAUUGGAGCGUAAUUGGCGCGAAAGGAGCCUUGUGUUAUAUAUCCCACCACGAAGCAUGCGCGCAAAGAGAUGCCGUGAAUAUCAAACAUCAAUAAAAACGACAAUCGAGCGAAAUGAUUUUUUUUCUUUUUG